GAGAGCAAAGAUUUCCAUCAAAGACAGAGGAAAACUUCAGUAAAUCAUUUUUUCUUUUUCUCAUUGUUGUGUGUAUUUUGUUUUUCUCUCCUCACUUUUACCUCUCCGUUUGGUCCCUCUGGGGGCUUCAUUCGUGUUGUAUUUUACCGAGAGGGAGAGUUUGGGCGGACGGAGAAGGAGAAGAUUUCAUCAGAAUUGCUCAGGAUAGUUUGAUCUGGUUGUUGUAGUGUUUGAUUAGAUCUGUUUUCCAUCUUUUCCCUUUUCCUGGAGGGAGGAGACUUGACAGGAGGAUGAAGCGAUUACGAGAUGAAGUUUUUAUGAACCCUCAAUUCAAACGGCCAUUUGGCUCCUCAUCUUCUUCUCGCGGGGAAUCUUAUGGGCCUCCUCAGCAGGCGCCUGUUGGUGGGGGCAGUGGAGGUGGAGGAGCGGGGGCUGGAGGAGUUGGUGGGAGUGGAGGGGGGGGUGGCAGCAAUGGUGCUGGUGGCGCUGGAGGAGGUGGUGGCGGAGCAGGUGUUGCUACAGCUGGGGGACAGAAGCUCACCACUAAUGAUGCGCUGAGUUAUUUGAAACAAGUGAAGGACAUGUUUCAGGAUCAACGAGAAAAAUAUGACAGGUUCUUAGAUGUCAUGAAAGAUUUCAAGGCCCAGAGAAUUGAUACUGCUGGAGUCAUAGCGCGGGUGAAGGAACUGUUUAAGGGACACCCGAAUCUAAUCCUUGGCUUCAAUACAUUCUUGCCCAAGGGUUAUGAAAUUACUCUCACUGAGGAAGAAGAAGCUCCACCGAAAAGGACUGUGGAAUUUGAUGAGGCUAUCAGUUUUGUUAAUAAAAUUAAGACUCGUUUUGAAAAUGAUGACCAUGUGUACAAAUCAUUCCUAGACAUAUUGAAUAUGUACAGGAAGGAACACAAGGGUAUACAAGAGGUUUACCAAGAGGUUGCGGCACUUUUUGAGGACCAUCAAGAUCUUCUUGAUGAGUUCAGAAGGUUUUUACCGGAUACAUCAGCCACUCCUUCAGCUCCUCAUACCUUUACUGGUCGUCAUCCUACUCAUCGCUUUGAUGAAAGGAACUCUGGCUUGCCCACAGUUCGACCAUCUCAUGUGGAUAAGCACCGACUGCGGCGAGACAGGGCUUUUGAUCCUACUGCAGAACGGGAUCUUAGUGUUGAAAGGCCGGAUAUGGAUGAUGACAAAACAAUUAUGAAGAUACACAAGGAACAGAAGAAGCAUACUGAAAAGGAAAACCGAGAUAGAAGAAACCGUGAUCUGGAUGAUAGAGAUACUGAACUUGAAAACAAUGGUGACACUAGUGCACGGCCUUCUGAAAGAAGGAAGGCUUCUCGAAAGACAGAAGACUUUGGAGGAAAUUCAAAUACGGCUGGCUAUGAAGAUAAAGAUGCAUUGAGAAGUGUCUACAGCCAGGAGUUUGCUUUCUGUGAAAAAGUUAAGGAGAGGUUACGAAGUGCUGAUGAUUACCAGGCGUUUUUAAAAUGUCUUCACAUAUACAGCACUGAGAUCAUAACAAGAAAGGAAUUGCAGAGUCUGGUUGCUGAUUUACUUGGGAAGUAUCCUGAUCUCAUGGAGGGCUUCAAUGAAUUUCUGGAACAUUGUGAGCGAAUAGAUGGAUUCCUAGCUGGUGUAAUGGGCAAAAAAUCGUCAUUAUGGAAUGAAGGAAAUUCCUCAAAGGCUCUGAGGAUAGAUGACAAAGAAAAAGAACCAAAGCGCGAAGUGGAAGGAGCGAAGGAAAAGGAUAGAUACAAUUUGAAAUACUGGGGAAAAUCCAUUCAGGAACUUGACCUUUCAAACUGCCAGCGCUGUACACCUAGUUAUCGGCUUCUUCCCGAUGAUUACCCAAUAUUUACUGCUAGCCAGAGGUCUGAUCUCGGCGCCCAAGUUCUCAAUGAUCAUUGGGUGUCUGUCACAUCCGGCAGUGAAGAUUACUCUUUUAAACACAUGAGGAGAAAUCAGUAUGAAGAAAGCCUGUUUAGAUGCGAAGAUGAUAGAUUUGAGCUAGACAUGCUGUUGGAAUCUGUCAGUUCAACCGCCAAGCGAGCAGAAGAACUCAUAAACAGCAUCAAUAGUAAUUCAAUUAUGGCAGAUGGUCCUCUAAGAAUUGAAGACCAUUUCACAGCCCUCAAUUUAAGAUGCAUUGAGCGUCUGUAUGGUGACCAUGGUCUUGAUGUGAUGGACAUCCUGCGAAAGAAUCCUUCCCUGUCUUUGCCAGUUAUCUUAACUCGCCUGAAGCAGAAACAAGAGGAAUGGACUAAGUGCCGUACAGAUUUUAACAAAGUUUGGGCGGACAUAUAUGCGAAAAAUCAUUACAAGUCCCUUGACCAUCGUAGCUUCUAUUUCAAGCAACAAGAUGCCAAGAACUGGAGUACCAAAGCUUUAGUGGCUGAAAUCAGAGAUAUCAAAGAGAAAAGGCAGAAGGAGGAUGACAUACUUCUCAGUAUUGCUGCUGGAAGCCGACAUUCUAUAAUUCCCAAUAUGGAGUUUGAAUAUGCUGAUCCUGAUGUUCAUGAAGAUGUCUUCAAAAUUAUCAAAUACUCCUGUGAAGAAGUUAUCACUUCCAAAGAUCAAUUGAACAAAGCCCUGAGGUUAUGGACAACAUUUCUUGAGCCGAUGCUUGGAGUGCAUGCACGACCACAUGGUUCAGAGACUAAUGAGGAUGCUGGUGCCUCUAAAGGCCGAACUGUGAAAAACUCCUCAAGCGCGAUGGAUAUUGAAAGCAACCCCGUUGUUGAUCCUAGUACUUCAAUCUUGAAACAAGCGAAGUCUAACUGCAAUGGUGACACCAAUACAUCACCUCCACAAGCAACUGCCAACAAGAUUGGUUUGAACGCAGAUAGUAUUGUCAAAGAAGGGCAACCUGCUGCUUCUGGUGAAAGAUUAAGCAAUCCAGACACAAUUAUCACUUCAGGACCUGAUGCAAACCAUGGCCGUGGUGCAAACUCCUCUCGAGUAAGCAAUGGUGCCACUGAGGAAGGAAAUGAAACCAAGCCCAAUGCGGAAGACAUGCUCUCUUCAGAGGUUGGGGAUACACCAGGAUUGAAUCAGUUAGCAAAUGGAGAAUUUGUAGAAGGAUCCAAACAUUCUGAAUACAAUGAAGAGAUGGUCGAUCCUAGUAAAAAUGAGAAAGAAGAGGGUGAGCUGUCUCCUAAUGGUGAUUUUGAAGAUAGUUUUGGCACCUAUCAAGACAGUAAUCUGCAAGCCUUACCUGGGAAAACUCGUGGCAAUGAAGGGAUGCCAAGCCAAAUGCGGAGCAAUGAAGAGAUAUGUGCUGAUGGCAGAGGAGACAAUGAUGUGGAUGCUGAUGACGAGGAUAGUGAAAAUAUUUCUGAGGUUGGAGAAGAUGUUUCUGGCAGUGAAUCUGCUGCUGAUGAGUGUUCGCGGGAAGAGCAUGAAGAAGAGGAGGAUGGAGAGAACGACGAUAUUGAUGGAAAAGCUGAGAGUGAAGGUGAAGCUGAGCAUACAAGUGAAGCUCACUACAAUGACCGUGAUGGUGCAUCAGUGCCUCCAUCUGAGCGAUUUUCACUCACCUGCAAACCUCUGUCCAAGCAUGUGGUUUCCCAGACAGGAGGCGAGGAGAAAAAAGGCCGGCGCGUGUUCUAUGGAAAUGAAGCAUUUUAUGUCCUUUUUAGGCUGCAUCAGGUACUGUAUGAGAGAAUAUUAUCAGCCAAGCUGAAUUUGCAGUCCGGUGAAUCAAGAUGGAGAACCUCUAAGGAUGCCAGUUCUGAUCCUUUUGCAAGGUUCAUGAGUGCACUUUUCAGUUUACUUUAUGGAUCUUCUGACAACACUAAAUUUGAAGAUGACUGCCGAUCCCUGAUUGGUAACCAGUCAUAUGUGUUAUUCACUUUGGAUAAAUUGAUAUAUAAGUUGUCCAGACAGCUCCAAGCUGUUUCAAGUGAUGAGAUGGACUGUAAGCUGAUUCAGUUGUAUGAGUAUGAGCAAUCUAGGAAGCCCGAGAAGUAUGUUGAUUCAGUUUAUUAUGAAAACGUCCAUGUCCUCUUGCAUGAUGAGAGCAUAUACAGGAUUGAAUGUACCUCCAAUCCGACUAACUUAUCUAUCCAAUUGAUGGAUGAUGGAAAGGAGAAAUCUGAAGUUGUUGCUGUUUCUGUGGAUCCCAACUUUGCUUCUUAUCUGCACAGUGAGUAUCUUUCAGUUUCCCAUGUGAGGAAGGAGUCAUCCCCUGUUGUCCUUAAAAGGAACUUGGACAAGUAUAAAAAUUUUGAUGAAUGCACUGCUCUUGCUGUGGCUAUGGAAAACGUGAUUGCUGUGAACGGAUUGGAGUGUAAGAUGGCGGCCGCCACAUCUAAGAUCUCGUAUGUCCUCGACACCGAGGACUACUUUUAUCGUCUGGGGCAUGAAAAGAAGCAACCACCCGAAGAAUCCUUGCGCAGAAACCAGGUUAAGGUGCAAAACUUUCACCAGUUUGUGUCAUCUUUCCUGAUGUAGCAAUCUCUCUACUGCAACAGCAUGAGGUUUCACUGAUGGAACCUCGUGCAUUAAUGGCGUGCUGAACAAAAUUAUUUAUUACUUGUCGAAGAAUACAAUAACCACAGCAAGGGAGCAGCUGCGAGAUGAAUGGGAGAUGAUGCACCAUUGUUCUGUACAUAUUGUAAGGGUUUGUCCCCUAAUCUGUAGAGAAUCAAUUGUGUGCUUUAUUUGGUUGUAUUCGCUGUAGCGGGCGAAAAGCACCGCCCUUACCUGUGUUUCUAGAUUUCCUUGGUGUUGUUGCUAUUACCUUCGUUGUCAUUUUAUGAUCAAGAAAGACCAAAAAAGACUCAGAGGUAGGAAGUAGUAGUAUUAUCUGCUGUUACUCUUUGACAUCCAACUUCUGAACUUCGCUUUCCUAAUAUGUAUAGAGUCGUGGUCGGUUAUAGUUUUUA